GACGAGUAUAAAAGAGCUGCCGUCACCGUUCCACUGGCUUCCUCGAAGCCCGUCUUCUGGAUGAGUUGUUCCUUUCAAAACGGCCUAGCCAAUUCUGAGUUCUUUUCCAACUUCAUUUAAGCCGUCGACUUCAUACUGACGUGAAAAUGUCUCUUAGCAUGACAAGCGUGCAUAACUUGUACAUGAGUGUCAUCGAAGGAGUUAUAGGUGGUGUCAGGGAAUUUUUCCUAGACGAAGGUGUUGAUGAACAGGUGCUGUCAGAAUUGAAACAUUUAUGGGAGACAAGGUUAAAAGCGACUAAAGCCGUAGACACAAAAGCAGAUAAACCUCCGCAGCCUCCAAUUAUUAACAAACCCAUUAACGUGACCAAAACUGGCAAUGUAUCCGGAUAUAUGAUACAACCUUGUGGAGGUGUUCCAGUUCAAGAUGUACAGGGCAAUAAAAAUGUUUCAUUUCAAAUAGCCAUCCCUUCUACACAGCAACAGCAACAAGGUGGGAACUCAGACGUCAAUCCACCUCGAUAUAUCACUAUUCAAGUACCUCCUUCAGCUUUAGAAGGUAAUCAGCUUCAUUCAUUGUUGACUGGUCCAGUAAUAUCCGCUACAAUGGGCUUACCGCCAGAAGUGGCUACUCCAUUACUUCACCAACAUGUAUCAGCACAAGUUCAACAACAACCUCUACAAGGCGCAGGUGUAAUCCAACAAUCAAUUCAAAUAAAUGACCGUCAAAAUAUUGAUUCCACUAAAAAUGCUCAAGGAUUCUUAGUCCAAACACCGUCUGGAACCGUAAGACAAGUGGACGGCCCAAAUGAUACAUCAGAUGACGAUGAUGAGGAAGAGGAUGAAGAAGAAGAGGUCGACGACGACGAUGAUGAUGAUGCAGAUGAUAAAGAAGACGAGGAAAAUGACGACAUUGAUAUUGGUGCUGAGGAGGAACCCCUCAAUUCUGGUGACGAUGUAAGUGAUGAAGAUCCAUCAGAUAUGUUCGAUACUGAUAAUGUAGUAGUUUGUCAGUAUGACAAGAUCACAAGGACCAGGAAUAAAUGGAAAUUUUACCUGAAAGAUGGUAUCAUGAAUUUAGGAGGAAAAGACUACGUUUUUCAAAAAUCGAACGGCGAUGCAGAAUGGUGAAGGUGUUUAUUUAUCAAGAAACAAGUUAAUUACAGUCAUUUUAAAAAAUAUUUGGUGAUGGGAUUGAGUUCCUAGCUGCACAUUGGACAGAUGUGGCAUUCAGUUAAACACUGCAUCAAAUAAUUUUAUGUUUAGGGUAACAACCAU